UUGGGUGGUGAGGUUGUAGUGUGUUUUGGAUCACAGGGUCAGGUUAAUCCAGACAUGGGGGCACAGCACUUGCAACCCCCAGAAGUGUUUGGGGUCACAGACAUCAGUGGUUCUGUGGAGCUUCUGAGAAGGGUUGGAGUGGGCGUGGAGGACAUAGAGAAAGAAGGCUGCCUCACCCAAGGGCGGCCUUCCUAGUGGAGCUUGGGAAGGUGAGUUAGAAGUGAUUCACCAGGUUCGGGUUGCAGAGACAGCUCAGAACAGGAGUCUGGUCCUUAACCUGUAAAAUGAAGGUAAUGUGUUCCAAAGCCAGUGGCUCUAACAUCUGCCAGAAGCCAUGGCUCCUCUCUAGGGAAAAAGUGAACAGAUAGUCCCAGGCGGUACCACAUACUCACUGGACCUGGGUGAGGAACUUCCUGGUGUGAAAUGUGCUAGCUCGGUUCCUAGCAGCCUGCACCGGCAUCCCUUCUCUCCUGGUAGCUUGUCCCACGAAGACAUUCUUCAGCUCCUGAGUCUAGCCCCUAAUUUGAGUGUAGGCGCGGGAAGGAACUGCUGCCGGGGUUGCCAGAUACUCCAGAAAUUGGGAUUGUGGUGAGGUCACAGGAGAGCACCCUGCUCCUGGUAGAUUGUCUACCCAUUUGACCUAGCAGGUGAGGAGACGGUCUUGGAGCAGCUCCAGCUUUGGUGGGGGUUGUCCCCUGGGGCUUCACCUCAGCCAUGAAUGGCCUGCACACCUGUCCCUGCCAUGAGAACAGGUCUGAGCUCUUAGAGGGUCCUACACUGUAGGUGCUUAUUAGUGGAAGGUGACUCCUUUCUGGUUUUCACUUCUGAGUCUUGCUCACUGUUCCAGUUUUUAGACUCCUUGAAGAUGGAUCCCGGGAGAGGAAGUGGGGAUGCAAAUGUGGUGGACAGGAAGAUGCCACCCAAGCGCAUAGCUAAGAGAAGGUCACCCCCCGAAGAUGCCAUCCCCAAAAGCAAGAAGGUGAAAGACGCUCGUAACCGCGGUCCUGCCGCCCGCUCCUGCCAAGUCUCACACAGGUCCCACAACACAGAGCCAGGUUUGGUGCUGACACUGGGCCAGGGCGACGUGGGCCAGCUGGGGCUGGGCGAGAGUGUGCUGGAGAGGAAGAAGCCAGCCUUGGUGCCCCUUCUACAAGAUGUUGUGCAGGCUGAGGCCGGGGGCAUGCAUACCGUGUGUCUGAGCCGAAGUGGCCAGGUCUACUCCUUCGGAUGCAAUGAUGAGGGUGCCCUGGGAAGGGACACGUCGGUCGAGGGCUCAGAGAUGGUCCCUGGGAAAGUGGAACUGCAAGAGAAGGUGGUCCAAGUGUCAGCAGGGGACAGUCACACAGCAGCCCUUACCGAAGAUGGCCGUGUCUUCCUCUGGGGCUCUUUCCGGGACAAUAAUGGUGUGAUCGGGUUGUUGGAACCCAUGAAGAAAAGCAUGGUGCCCGUUCAAGUGCAGCUGGACAUGCCCGUGGUAAAGGUGGCCUCAGGGAACGACCACUUGGUGAUGCUGACGACUGAUGGAGACCUCUACACCUUGGGUUGUGGGGAGCAGGGUCAGCUGGGCCGUGUGCCUGAAUUAUUUGCCAACCGUGGUGGCCGUCAGGGCCUUGAGCGACUCCUGGUCCCCAAGUGUGUGCUGCUGAAAUCGAGGGGAAGCCGGGGCCGCGUGCGGUUCCAGGAUGCCUUCUGUGGGGCCUAUUUCACUUUUGCCAUCUCCCGGGAGGGCCAUGUCUAUGGCUUUGGUCUCUCCAACUAUCACCAGCUUGGAACUCCAGGCACUGGAUCUUGCUUCAUUCCUCAGAACUUGACAUCCUUCAAGAAUUCCACCAAGUCCUGGGUGGGCUUCUCUGGUGGCCAGCACCAUACAAUCUGCAUGGAUUCAGAAGGAAAAGCAUACAGCCUGGGCAGGGCUGAGUAUGGGCGGCUGGGCCUUGGAGAGGGUGCUGAGGAGAAGAGCAUACCCACCCUCAUUUCCCGGCUGCCCAUCGUCUCCUCAGUGGCCUGUGGGGCCUCUGUGGGGUAUGCUGUGUCCAAGGAUGGUCGUGUCUUUGCCUGGGGCAUGGGCACCAACUACCAGCUGGGCACAGGGCAGGAUGAAGAUGCCUGGAGCCCUGUGGAAAUGACUGGCAAACAGCUGGAGAACCGAGUGGUCUUAACUGUGUCCAGCGGGGGCCAGCACACAGUCCUAUUAGUCAAGGACAAGGAACAGAGCUGAUGAAGUCUAUGUGGGCCUGGCUUCUGGCCCCCAACCAGCUUCCUAGAACAGAAAAACAGCCAACUACAGAUUCCAGAAGGCCCUUCCCCACCCGAGCAGCUAUCAUCUCCUUUCCCAUCACCACAGCAGAAUCCUUUCCUUCUGUUUUGUCCUCUUUUCUGGUCAUCCUGGGACUUGCAGGAUGAGGGGGGAUGGGAAGGCGUCUCGGAAGGAGCUUUGCUUACCUUAGACUCAGUCGUUAGACCUUUCCCUUGACUGCCCUGCCUCCUGUGAUCCGAGCAGGCCCUGGCCCUUGCCUACAAAACCCAAAACUUCCUGCCCUGGGGUUUUGGUACCUACACUCUGAAAAGUUGGGAACUCCAUCAGGCCCCCCUUCCCAUGUGCCACUUUUUCUGUUCCUAACAUUAGUUUACAAGGAGACAGACGGUAUAGUCAUCAGAUCCAGUUGUCGUGGACCCAUGCCUGGGGAGAACUGGACAAAGGCUUUACAAGGCUGUGGGUGACCCUAAGCCAAAUAUUUGGCUCUAAACAGGUGUCCAUGGGGGAAAACAAUGACCCACUGGAAAAAAAUCCAACUAGCUCUCCCCAUAAGCACAAAGCACCCCACUGUCUCCUGGGCAUCACCUGUGCAUUCCCAAUCUGGUCAGCCUUUCUGCCACUGAGGACUGGGAAGCCAUGCUGGGCUCUGCUGGGCAGUCAAGGCAGGGUAUUGGGAAAGGGAGGGUAGAGGAAAGGGCUUGGGAGGGGCAGAGGCUGGUCCUAAAAGAAGAAAGUAACAGUGGCUGAGAAAAUAGUUUUAAUUAUAAAAUAUUUUGGAAGGAAGAGUGAAAUCUUUUAACACUUUGAAUAAAUUUAGAGUUUUAUAAAAAUGGGCUUUGUUUUGUGCAGUUCCCUGGAGUUGUGUUGUUGAUUUUAAAGGAGCACCUGCUGUGUGCCACACCUGCCGUGUGCCAGGCAUUCAGAGGGCAGGGUAAACAUGCCUGGGAGCCUGUGGUCAGGGCUGUGGCCAACACGGCUGCUCCAAACUCUGGACAAGACAAGAGGUGCUUGGGUAGUUGUGCAGUAGGAACCACUGCAGUUUCUUCGUGAUCAUGAUGCACAAGAGGUGGUUAGAUUCUUUUUUUUAGUGGGCUCUCAGUGUAGCUCAGGCUGACCUACUGAACCUCAUGCCUUAACCUCCUGAGGGCUGAGAUUACAGGCCUGGCUUUGGGAUGGAAUUUUUAAAUCCCAAACCAAGGUUUUUUGUUUAGAUUUUGGCCAGAUCUUACUGUGUGUCCCUGGUUGGUCUGGAACUCAAUAUGUAAAACAGGCUAGCCUUAAACUCACAAAGAUCUAUCUGCCUCUGCUUCCAGCAUUUUUGGAUUAAAGUCCAGCAGCCACCACACCUGGCCCAAAUUCCUUCUGUGUAACAGCUCUGGCUGUCCUGAAACUGUUUAUAGACCAGCCUGGCUUCGAACUCACGGAGAUCCUCCUGCAUUUUCGAUAACUGGUGUGUUUGCUUAAAACUUACCUUGAAUGCUCUGUGGUAAGAUUAUUCCUGGGAAGAUGCUAUGCACAUAUGUGUCUACUCACCAAAAGCAGGGAGCCUAGAAUAGACUAAAUUAUGGAUACCGCCAAAAUCC